UUUAAAAAUAUUUAUUUUUGUAAAGACAUACAAACUUAAAAGUAAGCAUGACGGAGUCAAGUGGAGGGAAGGAUCCCCCUGAUAUUCCUCCAGAUAUCUUUUUAAAUGUAAAUAAUGAGAAUACUAUGGACUUUACAGAGUCUCAGAAACAUUCGUUAAAAAGAGCAGCAGAAGAUGGGCCAUUAGGGUACAAUAAAAUAUUUCUGGCUUCCAAUGAGAAUGUUUCAAAAAACAAAAAACUAGAUCGUAAUUCAUUAUUAUCAACUUUAGCUUUAAACAGGUACAAAUUAGAAGAUAAGGGCCCUUACGUAGUAUUCAUUGAAAGUUCAGACGCACACGUUGGCAAAAUGCAUCCCAUGAAGUUAGGAAAAUUAAUACAUAACUCUAGCUUCGAACACAGGGAGGAAAUUUCAAACAUGUUCAGUUCUGGAAUAAAUCGAAUUAAGGUAGAAUUUAAGACACAGACAGCGGCCAAUGCUUUUGUUAACUCUGGAAUUAUAAAAGAUAAGAAUCUUUCUGCAUAUAUUCCGUCCUACUUCAUAUUUAAAAUGGGCGUGAUAAGAGGUGUGGAUCCGGAUAUGUCGGAGGAAGAGAUUUUAAAGGUUAUUAAAUCUCCCGUCAGAGUUAAGUCGGUUAGAAGAAUUAAAAAAACUAUAACGGAAAACAAUCGCACUCGUAUUAUUAAUUUAGGCACUUGCAUACUGACCUUCGACUCACAACAAUUACCAGAAACCGUAACGAUUUAUGGUACGCGGUGCAGAGUGGAUGCAUACAUUCCCCCCCUUCGUCAAUGUCGUAAAUGCUUCAGAUUCAAUCACUUCCAAGACCAAUGCAAAGGAAAACAAAAGUGCGAGACUUGCGGACUUGCUCAUGAUGACAAUACACCUUGUAGCAAUGUCGCAAGAUGUGUAAACUGCUCAGGAAAUCAUAAAGCCUCAGACAGAAACUGUCCGGAAUACAACCGCAUUAUGGAAAUAAAACGGAAAAAAGUGGUAUCGUCCACGCUAUACUCAACAGUAACCUCUAAUAAAUAUAAUCUAUUAGCUAAUUUGUCAGACUUUCCUAAUUUAGAUUCUCCCAAUGUUAAAGAUCAGUCGAAAAAAAAUAAGCAUACGGUAAAACAUUUUUCAUCCUAUAGACAUAGCCCAUAUAACAUUAAACAAAAAGGCUCAGGAUUCAAUAAAAAUGAUUCUGAUUCCCAAAUAGAACCGAAUACAACAACUGCAUUUCAGGAGAAAGUUAUUGAUCCGACCGGGAGAAAGUUUGCUGGUCCAAAAGCUAAUCCGUAUUCCUUUGAUAAAGACGAUGCAUCUUAUUACGUUCAAUUAUUACAACAAAGCUUACACGCUAUUGAAACUGAUUCCAACAUAGAAAAAGAUGAUAUUUUUUCAAAAAUUUUACUAGCCUAUCAACAGUUAAUCAAAAACCUUCGGUUAUCAAAUUCACCAGCUUUACUUGAAAAUGCAGAAUUAAUUCCGCCUAAUAAAAUAUGACUACGGCUUGUAAAAUAAAUAAUUUAAAUAUUUUGAGAUGGAAUGGUAGUUCCCUAGUUCCAAAAAAAGGUUCAUUAGGGGCAGUAAUUGACCAAAAAGCUAUCGAUAUUGUUAUACUUCCGCUGUCCCCAAAACAGAUUGGACAAUACUUUAACACACAUUCAAACAGAAAAAGAGCAGAUCCCCUCUUCCCAAAUGUGGUAUCUAAAAGUCAGUUCCAAAAGCUUUCCAAUCAAUUUUUAUAGAUUAUUUCUCUCAACACCUGAAAUUCAUUCAAUGGAACGCUCGCUCUCUGAUACCCAAGAAAGGAGACCUUGAAUCCCUCCUUAACGAUCUGAACGUUAAUAUUGGCCUAAUAUCUGAAACUUGGUUAAACCCCGAAAAAGUUUGUAAAUUCUCCGGGUUCAACUUCCUUCGACUUGAUAGGGAUGACAACUAUGGAGGAGUUGGGAUUUUGAUUGAAAACGAUAUACCAUAUGUUUCUCUCUGUACCAACCAUGGAAUAAAUGACUUGAUAACAAUUGGGAUAAAAUGUUUUAUAGACGGGUCAAGGCCACUCACUGUAAUCUCGCUGUACAAUUCAUGUUCUAACAACAUAUCAGAACAAGAAUGGAGUAAAUUCUUUCAAACAUUAACACCCCCAUUUAUUAUCGGCGGCGACUUCAACGUGCAUCAUAUGGUUUUCGGUUCAGGAUGGACUGACUCGAAGGGCAGGGCUUUUCUAAAUGCUCUAGACGGAAAUAAUAUAGUGUAUUUAAAUGACGGUUCCGCGACGAAAGUGAAGACACCUUCCCAGAUUAAUAAUUCAGCGAUUGACAUUACUCUUGUGUCGGCAGAUCUGGCACUGCGUAUGAAUUGGUUAGUCUAUCAGGACCCUAUAGGUUCUGAUCACCUUCCCGUAACUUUUGAAUUGAGUAUUACAUCGGUUUAUCGCGCAUUAGGCAGAUCCAAAAAAUGGAAUGUUAAGAGGGCGGAUUGGGAAGAAUUUCAUAAUGAUAUAGUUCGAAGAAAUUUGGACUCCAAACGAACCGGGUUUGAGGAUUAUUCAGAUUUCGAGGACUUCCUCUUACAAGCCUGCGAAAAUAGUAUUCCUAAGUACAACAAUAAAUCGCUCAAAAGUAAAAAAGCCAAAGUCUGGUGGUCCAUAGAUUGCGAAAAGGCUA